AUGAGUACUCUUCUUCUACCGCUCGUUUCCACUGGUAAUGUCCCGCAGCUAUCAACGGAUCUGAUUUUGCAUUCUUUGAGUGCAGAGUUCGAAUUUAUACGAGAACUAGAUAGCUUGUAUCUUUUCCCGUUUGCGGGGCCUCUCGAUUUUGUCAGGGGAUCUCACACCAACCUUUAUGAGCAUACUGAAGGCAAAUCAUUCACCACACCGUUAGAACUAUUCUACAGCUCUAAACUGAACCUCUACGUGGUUCAGCAAAGAUCACCAGUCAUCCAGAAUUAUGAAAACAAUUUCUGUCAAGAGGUCCUUCUUCCGCUUAUCCAAGAACUAAAAAUCAGCCAGCUCGUCAUUUUUGAUGCCACUGAUGAAAUAGACGAGAACGUGGCUGUUUCACAACUCCGCAAGUCUCCUUUUUCUCUCGGGAUUUGUGAUUUAACUCAAAUUCACGACGUUGUGGCGGAAUUUGAGGAGAAACUCCAGUUGAACGAUGAGGCUCCUCAGCAGACCACUAAUGCUCUUUUCAACUUUUCUGAUACUAGUUUUCAGUCAAGUAUAAGCACUCAACAAAUCACAUUCAAGAUAUGCUACCAUCUAUUGAAGUCACAGAGUAUCUCAAAGCAUCUAAAGGGAAUACAGUAUUUUAACACUUACGUCCAAGAGGGAGACAAUUCUGAGGACGCUGUCGCUGCCUGUAAUCAGCUCCCGCUUUUCAUCAAAAGCUUUCCAAAACUUGAGCAGUUCCAAACGCCUGAGCAGUUCCAAACGCCAGUAUCCUGGGAAGGUGUUUAUGGUGUACGUAAUGCCCCUACUUCGUUCGAUGAGGGCCUUUAUAUAUAA